AAGCUUUUCAUUCACCACAAUCUCCAAGUCCUUAUCAGUGAGUUCUCCCAGUCUGUACACAUGUCUGGGAUUGCCCUGACACAAGUGCAGCCUCAUUAGGUUCACAAAUACAACACUAGAAGCUCAAGGACUUGGUCCUCCAUAAAACCUGGAGGUAGCUCAAACGUCCGUGUGAGUCUCAAAGAAACAAAACCAGGUGGAAAUAAUGACACAAUUCUCCUUGAUGUCUGUAUAAACAUAUGAACGAUAAUGGGUCUGCAUAAAGUUUGUUAAAUGAAUGAAAGGAAGCUGUGGCUUCAGUUUGAAAAAUUAAAUGUAUUGAGGCAUUGAUAUAUUUUUCCUUUUCAUUUGUGAUUUCUGAAGUGCUGCAGAUUCAGACAAAAGGUUCUAUUUUGGCUGAUAGCAGUUGAAAGCUCAAAAUCAAUGACAGCACACAUCAACAUAAGCAGAGAGAAUAUAACAUUCUCUAUUGUACCUGUUAAAGUUUGCAUUUGUUAAAGGUGCUUUUGUUAAAAGAACUAUGCUGUUCUUCUCGAAAGGGAAUUUAAAGAUCAGUUUGUCAGAGAGGUCACUCGAUGUGAAGAAACAACAUUUGCGCAACUCACUUUUAGCUGGUCUUACUUCAAAACAGAAAAUAGAGAUAAGGAAGGAGAACAAACCAUGUCUUAAAAGCAGUUCUUCCUCCUUUACUGACUGAUUGCAGGCUCAGAUUGUAUUUAAAAUUCUCAGGGGAUAUACAGAUUGAGAUGAAAUAUUGGUUUGGUAUAAUGGUAGUAUGGAGAUCAUAGCUAUAAGCUAUUUUUGUAAUGCAUAAAUCAGUGCCUGAGCACCAAACCAUGGAAGUUUAGCAUUCAAUUCAUAAAUUAUCACGGAUAAUAAUUUUUUACUUGACGAUAUAUCUUGACUCAUGCAAGUAACUGUAAGUUAUUUUUUCCACCUGUAACCAUACAGGUUGUGCAUGAUGUGUGACUGCUGAAAACUACCAAGUGUUAGCAAGAAAAAGGAUAUUUCUGUUAUUGGUAAUUCUGUACCCAAUUGAGAAACUGUUCCUUCUCACUACAACCCAGGAUACUGAAUAGUUCCUCUCCCAGAGAGUUUGUUUUUUAACAGGGCAACACAAGAAGAAACUCACAGAACAAGAUGCAGCAGCCAAGAACUGAGAACAGUAGCCUGCAAGUCACCAUGUAAAUACCUUUUUCCUUCAAAAGAAAGAAAAAAACAGAAAAGCAACAACAACAACAAAAAUGAAAGCACUGUAAGAAAGAGUGAGGUACAGGGGCUACGAAGAAGAAUCCUGACUGCACUGGAGCUAGUGAGUAGUUGGUAUGUAGAAGGAAAAGCUUAAAGUUCAAAGUUCUGCUGUGGCUUGUUUCCUAAACUGUUUGCUGUCCCUAUCAGCUAAUUUUCAGUAUUUCUCACUGUGUGCCCAGAUACUCAGCCUGCAGCUGAGAACACUGCCCCUGGAAUCAGGUUCUGCAGAGCAGGUGCCAAUGCUUUCACUCUGGGCUCACAACUUUUUGGUGGCUGAGACAUCUGUCUGCUGGUGUCAGCAGUGGAAGUGAUCCCUGCCGCAGCCCUUGCUGUGCUUGUCUUCAUCCCUGCUCCCCUGGCUGAAGAGCUCUCCAAUCUCCCACGCUGCAUGAUUUUUCUUCCUUUCCCAAAUCAAUGCAGACCAGAGUAUUCUGCACCCAUUUGUUCCAAGUCCAGCAGCAUCUGAGGAAUACCUCAAGUCAGCCUGAUAGGCUUUUAUGUUGUUAUUGUUGUUGCUUUUUGUUUAUGAUGUUUUUGGAGGGAAUGUGUUGGCAGCAGCUCCAGUUGCCUGGAAUUACUCUUACGUGACAAAGAGAUGUUCAGGGUUGAGCUUCACCUCAGUCCAUUGCCUUUAGCCAUGCUCACCAAAGGCUCUCAUGCUACAAUAAGAACUUGCCAAGCAUCCUGUUUAGGUGAACAAGAGCUCAUUUGCCUCAGCCAGACGGCUCAGAAGGAUGUUGUAGUGGCUGCUCAUCUGUUCUGCUGUCCUCAGAUCUCAUUGGUAAUUGCUGUAGUCCUCUGGCCACCACUUACGUCUGCAAUAUCAAUCUUGAAUUAUGUUUUAUCUGUUGCAUUGCCAAUACUGAUCCUAAAUGCGUAAUUGGCUCCUUGACAGUUAGGGAGGUGAUGCUAAUAAAUGGAUAAGUCACUCAAAUCACGUUUGGUUUGGUGUAGCUUGGGGAGCUGAGCCCUCUGCUGCUUGGAUCUUAGCAUUCAUUCCUUCUGCUGUGACCUCACAAACCCCAGCACUGCAGGGGAUGUUGGGUGAGAUGAUCUCGCAGUCCAACCUUAUGGUCCUGACAGCACCGAUUCCCACUUUUCCCGUAUGACAGCAGUGAAAGCAAUUAAGCUUGUGCUGCCUGAGAUCAAGGUGUAUUUGGCUGGCUCCAGCAUAUGUGGCCAACUGGUUCUAAACCUCAGCAGUACCCUUGUGGACCCUGUUGUGAAAGUGGAGCUUGUGGGAAGAGGCUACCUGAGGUGGCAUCAGAAGGGUAAUCCAGAACUGGACUAUGAAAAGACCAUAGCCUGCACCCACAAAUUUGUCUACAUCUCCAAAGAAAAGAAGUUCCACAUAGAAGACAACUUCCUGGAUGCUGGGAUCCACACUUUUGAUUUCCACUUCAGCUUUCCUCCAGGCAUUCCCUCCACAUUCACCAGCAAAGUUGGCUGCAUCUUGUUUCUGCAAGGGAUUUGCUGCAGCCAUAGUACUGUCUUAGCUAAAGUGCGGAGAUAUUUGGUGUUGCAAGGAAUCAGUCGUGACCACAUGGGACAUGCAAUAGACAUGGCUCAGUUGGUGGUAGAAGCUAGGAUCGAUGUUGUUUACUUCUGUUGCUUCACCCAUGGCUCUGUGAACCUUCGGAUGUCCCUGGAGAAAAAAUUUUACCCUGGUGAAACUAUUGUCUUCAUGACAGAUAUCACCAACGGGACAUGCAAUUACAUUAGAAAGGUAGUUUUUGCUGUGCGCUGCAUUGUCAUGUACAAGGGCUUCAGUGACAAUGGAGAACAAUAUUACUUGGAAGAUCAAAAUCUUCAAAUCCAAAGUGACAAGGUUGGAGUGCCAGCCAGGCACAGCCCCCUUUGUACCACCAGAGUCACCAGUGCCCUGGUUCUGCCAAAACCAUUGCCUCUCACAACUACAUUCAAAGAAAAUAACACCAUGGCAUUCAAGUACGAGCUGCUAGGAACCUCUAAACUUCCUUGUGCCACAUCCACCAUCUUGGGCAGGGUGCCCGUCAUCAUAACAUCUGUACCAGAGCAUUUGUGGAGCAGAGCACCAUGACUCUGCAUGAAAAUCAAGGUUAGCCUUUACAGAGACAUUUAUGAGAAUGAUCCAGGAGCAAUUGGAUCCAAGAAAUAAAGGAUUUUUUUUGUUCUUCAAGAUCCC